UUUCUGUUUAUUAACUGGUUUGUUUGCAAUAAUCCUUGCUGGUUCCUCAUGUAUGUCCCGUCUUUCCUCAAGUGCCUAGUGUUUACCUGCUUUGGUGCCAAUGGAGUUUUCUCCCAGCGAACUUGUCAUCUCAGUAAUGAGCCAUGUGGCCCCCACUAAUCAGGAACCCAAGGCCAUCCCAUCUUCUGCCCGACGCCGCCACAGCUAAACCAUUCUGGAUCCAGCCAUCUGGACUCCAUGCCUGCUCUGUCUCCACUCUGCUGGCGAUUUAUGCCCUCCUGAGGCGGUGGCUGGGACACUCAUCUCACCGGCUUGGUUGGGGUCCUUCACGUGGCAGUGGUAAACAAAUAUGGCGGAGGUGUUAAGAGCUUCUUUCGGUGUUUCUGUGAAGUUUUCUGUGAUUUUCUCUCUUUAAUGAACGUAUUAUUUGCUGGAUGUGUGUGAACGGGUCUUGUCUCGGUGUGAGGCCGUAGAAUGAGCGGCUGGGCGGGUUUUUCUGAGGAGGAGCUGCGGAGAAUUCAGCAGAAAGACUCCGCUGGACCUUCUGCCGCUCCCCGCGGAAGGAAGCCUUCUGCAGCCAGCCGGAGCCGGCAGAAGAUACAGCGGGAGAGAGCGCUUCCGUUAGCCGGCUCACAGAGCCUCCUCCCAGGGCAACAGCUCAGCAAACCUCCGCCGAUACUGGAAGGUCAGCCUCCAGACCAGACAGAAGCUUCUGCUGCCGGACAGGACAAGCAGCAAAAACGCGUUGAUAUGAAGCCGAAUGAGAACCAUCAUCCGGCUGCAGAGAAGAAGAUUCCGGUCGUGAAAGAGUUGGAGAAACAGGAGGUGGAACUGAGAGAAAAGACCCGUCUGGAGCAGCUGCAGCAGGAACAAAAAGUAAUCGAGGAGAGGAACAAGCUCAAGAAAGCUCUUCUGGCAAAAACAAUCGCUGAGAAAUCCAAGCAGACUCAAGCCGAGGCCGUGAAGCUGAAAAGGAUCCAGAAAGAGCUGCAGGCGCUCGAUGACAUGGUGUCCAACGAUAUCGGCAUCCUGAGGGGGAGGAUAGAGCAGGCCAGCUGGGACUACAGUGCUGCAAGGAAACGCUACGAGAAAGCCGAGGCCGAGUACGUCAUGGCCAAGCUGGACCUGCACAAGAAGACUGAGGUGAAGGAGCAGAUGACGGAGCACCUGUGCGCCAUCAUCCAGCAGAACGAGCUGCGCAAAGCCCAGAAGCUGGAGGAGCUGAUGCAGCAGCUACAGCUGCAUGUCACCGAGGAAGAGGAGGAGAGGAGGAGAAGAACCUCUGCCGAGCCUCAGAGUAACGGUAAAGAUGGGAGCGACGAGGGAGCGGUGCAGUCAACACAGGAUGAGGCUGUGAAGGAGAAGAGGGCAGAGAUGGUCCAGCAGGAGACGAUGGAUCAGCUGAAGACAGAACCAGACUGUAAACCAUCAGAACACGGUCAUCAGGUUGAACCUUUGACCUCCUGAUGCUGAGAGAGGAGACGGGCUCUGAUGGCUUUCUCACCUGAGUUCCUCUCCAGGCUGGACAAUCUCAGCUCUGUCUGAAACACGUUGGUCCCUAAAUCAUCUCACCAGACGUUUCAGGUUAGGACAACAGAAGACGAGAAGUUUUCUCCAGUCAGGCUCCUCAGCUCUGAUCUGAACCAACAGAGAAACAGAAGUUCUGUUACGUUUUCAGAACCACAACAGAAUCUCAAGUCGGCUUUAUGUCCGAUAUUAGAAUCAGGUUUUAUUUUGGUUCAACCUCCUGCAGCUCCUCCUUAAGUUCAAUGAAAAGUUGGUUUAGAUAACUUGAAGAAAGGAAUCAGAUGAGCUCACAGUCAUUCCCGUUUGAGUUCAGUUUCAGUCGGCAAAACCUGGAAGAGCUGCUGGAUUCAGAAGAUCUUCCAUGAGGAAGUUCCUCAGCAGUGGGUGGGAUGUACUUUUAAAGAUCUGUAUUUAUCACCACCUUCCAUAAACCUGGUUCAUCACGGUCGUGUGGUUGGUGUAAAGGUCACUUCUGUCUAUUUUCUGUGUGUUUGCAGCCGAUGGAGAACCAGGAGAAGAACUGAUCGUUCCCACAAAUUGCACGACACAUGCAGUGUGUUAAAAAUGUCAGAUAUAUCUAUUAUGUGUUUUAUAAAGAUGGUAAAAUAUCCAGAGUCAAAUUAAUCCAUAUUUUCCUUCCAGAAAUAGAAAAUGUUUGCAGCGUCUUUCAGUUUUAUCUAGAUUUUCUAGAAGAACUCGAAGAUUCAUUCGGUUACAGGAUAAAAGUUUGAAAAUGAUUGUGUUGGAGGUUAAACCCGGGAGAACUUCUCCAGAAUCUUUCAGAGUGGUUCUGAACCUGUUGUGUCCUAAGUUGGAGCCCUUUCUCCAAACAUGGCUGCUUCUGACGGUUGUCUUUGUGGAGACACAUAGGUCCUGUUUGCUUCCUGGAAGGUGUGCGUUUCCUGCAGACCGAGCGCAGCACCAGUCCAUUGUAAUCUGGACCAUGAACUCUCCUGGCUGGAGUGUGGUUCUGUUGGACUCGUGUUUCACAAAGCUGAUCCUGGUUUUGUCAGCAGGCCUUCCUGCUGUAAGGUGAUCUCAGCUGAUGCUUUCGGCUGUUUCCUGCAGGUUUGCCUUUCUUCUGGCUGUGCACAGAACCUGUCAGGGACUAUAUGUGGCAGGAAGUUAAUGGAAAACACUACAUGAAUGAGCGCAACCAAAGCCUGAAGCUCGUUAGAAACAUCAAUGAGGUCAGUGUUUUAAGCGGGUUGGGAUAUUUUCCUCUAAUAAACGGUUAACAUGCUGAUUGUGUUUCUGUGUGUUCUGUCCUGCUCUCCUGAUGUUGGUGCUCAGAUAACGAGGCAUCUUCAGGACAGAAGCUCUCUGUUUGUCUGCUGUUUUCCUGCCAGGUCGUGUUAAAGGCCAGUAAGUGUUGCUGUUAAACCACGUAGAGAUUUUACUGCGCUCCGGUCACAUCUGGCAGACUGAUGGAGACGCAGUAAAAACAGCUUUUUUAAUUAGUUGCCAAGCUGUAGCGACCUCCGCCACCAGAGGUCAACGUUUGAAGUCAUCAUUGGCAGGUUUCACCUCCAGUCCACCAGCCUGGGUUAAAUACGACUUCAGCUUGUCAUUUCUGAGCCGUUAUUAAGCUUAAGUGUCUUGUUUAAUUUUAAAUGAAAAGAAUAAAACUAGAACCACAUUAA